AUGGGAGGUGGAAUAGGAGGCGGCAACGAGGUGAAGUUGGCGGUGGACAGGUGUCUGGGGCGAGAAGAGCGGAGGAGACAUGUUGUAGAAGGAAAGGGGUGGGUCCGGCGGGAAGAGGUGAUGGCCGGAGGUGGUGAUGGGGGUUUGGUGGUGGUGGCGAUUUCAAUGGGGAAUAAGAAGAAAUUUGGGGAAGACAUGCUCUUCUCUCAUUUUGGAGGCGGCGGCAUAACGAGAUCAUUCUCAACAUCACAAGUCUUGGAACCUUUUGAGAGACCUGCAGCGGGAAAUAGUUUGCCAUGGGUGAUUGGGGGAGAUUUCAAUGAGUUUUUGUCCAAUGCAGAGAAAGAUGGAGGAGUUCCAAGGCUGCCCGCCAUGAUUAAGGCUUUUAGAAGUGCGCUUGAAGACUGCGGCUUGUUCGAUAUCGACUUUGAAGGAGAUCCAUUCACGUGGAACAAUAAUAGAGAGAAGCCUGAUACAAUUCGUUGUAGUACUUGUGAGAAAAUCCCUUUUCCCGACAUUAGCAAGCCCUACUCCGAAACGAAGGCGCUCGGCACCAUUACACGGCCAGUGAAAGUCGUUUGUGUUGGUUGGUGUGGUCAUUGUUCUUCUGCUCCGGUUUUAGAAAAUGUUGGUGGUCUUAAACCGAAUAGAAAUGUUACCAUUCCCGAGCAAGUUGCAAUGUUUCUUCAGAUUUUGGCACACCACACGGAGAAUGUUGUCGUGCGUAGUCAUUUCAAAAGAUCAGGUUAUACAGUUAGCAAGCAUUUUAAUCGGGUCCUUUUGGCCUUGCUAAAACUACAUGAGAUGCUUUUGAUUUCACCAAAAGCCGUCGACGAAAACUCGGAUAACGAGCGUUUUUCAUACUUUCAGGGUUGUCUUGGGGCACUUGAUGGGACAUACAUAGAUUGCCGCGUUCCCUAUCUUGAUAAGCCAAGAUAUAGGAAUCGCAAAGGCAAUGUGUCGUUGAAUGUCCUAGCCGUGUGCGAUAAUAACAUGAACUUUAUUUACUUACUAACUGGGUGGGAAGGUUCGGCUGCAGAUAGUAGAAUACUUCGGGACGCGGUAACUAGGGAAAACGGGUUACGGGUCCCUACUGGUAACUACUAUUUGGUUGAUAACGGUUACACGAACGGCGAGGGGUUCUUAGCACCUUACAGAGGUGCUAGGUACCACCUUGAUGCAUAUGGUCAAGGCCCAAGUGCACCUAGAAACUUUAGAGAAUUUUUUAACAUGAAACAUGCCAAGGCAAGAAACAUAAUAGAGAGGGCAUUUGGGCUUUUGAAGUCAAGGUGGGCAAUUUUACGAAGCCCUGCUUAUUACCCCAUCAAAGUUCAAAAUAGGAUCGUAAUGGCUUGUUGUCUCCUUCAUAACUUUAUUCGAACCACGAAUGACUUCGACCCUGAUGAAGAAACGUUAGAUGAAUUUCUCCGUAAGAAUCCAAGUGUGGUUAGUGGUGAAGAUUACAUUAAUACUGUGGAAAGUUCACAAGAGUGGACUGAUUGGCGGGAUACCAUAGCGUUGAACAUGUACAAUCAUUGGCUAUUAUCUCGCUAG